CCUGACCAACACAUACAUCUACAACCUCUAACGAGCUAUCAAUUUGGCAACGACCGCUUUCACUCACAAUUGUCAAACGUUACCUUCCAGCAACUACCGCCGAUAAUGACCUCUAACCCGCAUGAUAUCAAGGGCGUGCUUUGCCUCCUAGGAAAGAUCUAUCCCAAACCUGGCACGGGUCCUCAGAUGCUCGAAUGGAUCGGCAAGCUGAAAGCUGGUGUGAAGAACGAGCCUGGAACACUGGAGUACAGCUGGGCACAGAACGGAGAUGAGCUCCUCAUUUGGGAACGAUAUGCCGAUGCAGCUGCCUUUGAGACUCAUAUUGCAAGUGAUACGUUCAAGGCGUUCAUUGCUGCUGAUCUCAUGAGAGCGGAACCGUCGAUGACGUUCUAUUCUGGAGAGGUGAAGGGGGGCUUCUGAGGAUGUCAUACAUUGGAGAAAGGAUCAGAUAUGUGAACGUACGACCGUGAAACACGCAACGAACCAAGACUUAUCACAUAUUAGAACGUGUUCGACGGCCUCAUGUUCUUCCCUGCGAUGGGAAGAGAUGCCUAGUGCGUAGACCCUACUGGAGCAGAGUGAAGGUGCCGACGGCUACCGUUGACACCGUGAUUGCCUAUAUCCAUGGAGUUCUCCGUCGACCUGGAAGGGACAGGUGGAGAGUGACGGGUCAGAAGAACGCAGAGCAUAGAAUCGAUGAGCUCAGGGAUGAAGGACUUGAAACAAGGAACGGCGGUUUCGGCGAGGGAUAUCGGGUACCACGGUGUUGUCAGGCGUUCAGGUUGACAAAGUG